AUGGAAGUGGUAGCUCCCAACGACUGGCAGAGGAUUAAGUACUUCAUACCUCAUUCUUGUGUAGUUAAACCCGACUCAACUUCGACUAAGCUGCGAGUAGUGUUUGACGCUAGCGCGAAAACAUCAAACGGUUACUCACUAAACGACAUUCAACUUAGUGGGUCUGUCAUCCAGAGAGAGUUGUUUGACUUGCUUCUGGACUUCCGUUGUCAUGACAAAGUAGUCACAGCCGACAUAGCAAAAAUGUAUCCACAAGUUAACGUACACGAGGACGAUUCGUGGUUCCAGUGCAUUGUCUGGAGGGACAAUCCUUCUGAAGCGAUUCAAGCGUACCGUUUGAAGACGGUGACCUAUGGCGAAGCAGCGUCAUCAUUCUUGGCAUGCCGUGCCCUACAUCAAGUCGGAGAAAAAAUCCGACUGGAUCAACCAGAGAUUGCGAAAAUCAUCCAAACAUGCUUCUACGUGGAUAACCUCAUGAUGGGAGGAGAUUCAGUAGAAGGACUACUGAAACAACGACUGGCAGCGGAAGUCGAGUUAAUGAAACGAGGUUUCCCGCUUCGUAAGUGGGCGUCGAACGACCCCACUAUCAUACAAGAUGUUCCUUCCGAAGAUUUGGAAAGGGAAAUAUACAUAGGGGAUCAUGAUAUCAUCAAAACAUUAGGAGUCGCAUGGUCCCCACGAGAGGACACAUUUCGGUUUCUGCGUGAUGACCGGAUGGUGUCAAAAACUACUAUGACUAAAAGACAGCUGGCAUCGGAGGUGCUCAGACUGUACGAUCCGCUAGGUAUGAUGCAACCUGUUAUCAUAACUGCAAAAAUACUGUUACAAAGCUUGUGGAAAAGCCAGCUCGAAUGGGACGAUCAAAUCCCAGCGGAAAUCAUGCAUGAAUGGCAGCAGUUAAAGAAAACACUGCCAAAACUUGCGGAGUUAGAUUUUACUCGUCGAGCCAUCCCAAGCAACGCCGUGCAACUGGAAUUACACGGGUUCUCGGACGCUUCUGUACGCGCUCACGGUGGCGCGAUCUAUGCGUACUCAAUAGACUCUCAAGGCAACAAAGCAAUGAAUCUGCUCUGUGCCAAGUCAAGAGUAGCUCCAAUAAAGGACAUUACCUUACCACGAAAGGAAUUCAUCGGUGCUAAACUGGUAGCAGAGUUAAUGCAUCGGGUGAUCGACAUCAUACCGCAACACAACAUCAAAGUUCACUACUGGUGCGAUUCGCAAGUAGUGCUGGCAUGGAUACAUUCGGACGAACAGCAUGAGGAAAUCUAUGUUCGAAAUCGCGUGUAG